AUGCUUCCGACUGCCCCCAUCUCCUCCGGCCGCAAACGCGUCUUCGGCUCCGUCUUCACCCCCGCGUCGUUUGACGACUUCUCAGGGAAAUCGAUUCCCGGACUCACACCAACCGAUCAAUUGCCUGCAUCCCCAGCUUUCUCAUCGUUUGGGCAAUCGCAGAGUCGCCCUCGAACACGUCCUUCAACCUCGCAGUCCGACGAUAGAGACGAGUCAUGGCCGGAUCAACAAACUUGGGAUCGCGCAUGGCAGGCGGCCACUGGGUUUUUGUCGCUGCCGAAACAAGGAUUAGAAGGACGGACAUGGUUUGAGAGUCUGGAUGAAGCCGAAUUUCUGAAACAAUGGAGUAGGCAGGGUGCGCCGUCCAAGGGCGUCAUUGAUGCAUUGGCAUAUCUACUGGCUCCUCUUUCGCAACGAGGAUUGAGAUUGGGUGCGGGACAACGCAGUAUAAUUGACUGGUAUGGGAAUGAGAUCCGGCUUCAUUUUCUUUCCAACUUCCGGGAUGGGCUACACAAGCUAUUGAAUUACCCGGAGAAGGAUGGAUUGUUACAGAAAAUCAUUCAUUGCUUGCAAUUGGCUCGGAAGAUAUAUUUCGCUCCUCUCGUGGAGUUUAUACUACCGCUGCUAGAUAUGGCGGCACAAGAACGGACGUUUAUCAAGCUACAGCGAAGCUUCCAUAUGAUGGUUGCAUAUGCUUUACCCUGGACUCAUAUAUCCAAGUUACUUACUCGAGAAUUCGCCAAAGACGCGAUCAUUGUUCUUGGGAUUGACACCUUGCCUGAAGACGAAGAGGGAAAUAGCGUGGAUGAAAUGGAAGUGGACCGACAAUACUCGGUAUCAUAUCGUGAUUGGAGGGAUGAAGCGGAUGACGAAGCUCGAAUGCAGAUGAUGGUGGAGUGUGAGGAUAUGCGGGUCAAAUCAGCCCGUGACCGGCUGCUGUUGCUGUUUGAUGGCUUGCAACUUGUUGGUCUGGGCGGAGACAAGGCUCAAAAGGUUUUAGCCAGUGUGAUGAACACGCUGAUGACAGAGUUUAUUCGGGCGGCGUAUACAGGCCAGUGGGAGGGGCCUACUCUGGUGUCGCAGCAUCUUCGGCAGUGGAUCGAAAAUGUAUUUGCGCGACUGGUUGUGCAGGUGCUAGCGAUUAUCAACAUUCCCGAGUCGGGGACAAAAUCAGACCGGCUUGAUGUGAAUUUGAGUGAUGUGGAGAAAUGGCAGGAAAUUGGCAUUUCUCGGCUAGGAGCUCUUCGAACCGGUGAACUUUUUGAAGUGAUAAUCGAGUGGCCUGCAAGCAGUGGUGCCAUUGAAGAUUUACGACAUUUUACUACACAUCCCGCAGCACGGCACUAUGUUACGCACUCGUUCAUUGCGGUACUCAAUCAUCGUUUGCUACACCCAGGUGCUUCGACCGUUGAGAUCUUGCAGCUGUACAUUUCAAUCAUCCGAGCGUUUAACCUUUUAGAUCCUAAAGGGGUUCUCCUGGAUCGAAUUGCUCGACCUAUUCGAAGGUAUUUACGUGACCGCGAUGACACAGUCAAGGUGAUUGUCGGUGGUCUUCUUGCAGAUACCGGUGAUUCAGAGGAACAAGCUUCAUCUGGGGAGACACUGGUGGAAUUGGCGGCAGAACUGUCCAAGGCACACCAGACGUCGCUGCGAAAUGACACAGGAGAGCUGGAUUGGGAUGACAUGAACUGGGUGCCGGAUCCGGUUGAUGCAGCGCCUGAUUACAGAAAAUCGAAGAGUUCCGAUGUUAUUGGCAGUUUGAUCAGUCUGUUUGAGUCUAAGGAGACGUUUGUGAAGGAGAUGCAGAACAUGCUGGCGGAUCGAUUGCUUCAGAAGCGUGCAGACUUUGAGCAGGAGAUGUCUGUUCUAGAGCUGCUUAAGAUCCGCUUUGGCGACUCGGCAUUGCAAGCCUGCGAGGUCAUGUUGCGCGACAUUUUCGAUUCCCGACGAGUCGAUACUGUGGUGAGGAAUGACCAGGGACUGACUCGCCCUGCAGAGCCAGCUACACCAGACACACAAGCAGUGGAAGAAGAGAUUCCGGAACUGCAUGCCAAGAUCCUGUCGCAUUUCUUCUGGCCCGAGGUCCAAGGACAAGAGUUCAAGGUUCCAGAGGAGAUUUCAGAAUUACAGGAGCGCUACUCUGCCGGAUUCGAGUCAUUGAAACAAUCGCGCAAACUCACCUGGCUCAACGGGCUAGGACAGGUCACGGUCGAGCUGGAUCUCGAAGACCGCGUGUUUGUCGACGAAGUGACGACCUGGCAGGCCAGUGUAAUCUACGCCUUCCAGACCGACUCCGACGAUGCAGACUCCGCAACCAAAACCAUCGGACAGGUAUCCGACGAGCUGAGCAUGUCGAGCGCACUCGUCCGCAGCGCAUGUUUGUUCUGGGUAAGCAAACGCAUCCUUACCGAAGUGCAGCGGGACACAUUCCGCGUGCUGGAAGUCCUCCCCAACGACGAAGAAGGCGACCCAGCCAGCGGCCCAGGACACGCAGGCACGGAGGAUCCCGGAGACGCAACAGCCGACGCGGCCGAUGCAGCGGCAGCAGCCGAUGCAGCAGCCGCCGCGGCGGCCAAGGAAUCGGCCGAAGCGGCCGCGAUGGAAAAGAUGAAUCUCUACUGGCAGUUUAUCGUGGGCAUGUUGACGAACCAGGGCUCGAUGCCGCUGCAGCAGAUUGUAAUGAUGCUGAAGAUUGCAGUGCCGGGGGGGUUCCCGUUUAGCAAUGAGGAGUUGCGCGAGUUUCUGGCGGGGAUGGUAGGGAAGGGCAAGUUGGAGAUUGUGAGUGGGGGGAGUUAUAAGCUUGUUAGCUGA